GAGCCCAUCCGGGCGGGAUUGGCCCUAGGUCCACCUCAAAAAGCCUGGGGCGAGGGGCGCGACGCGUUCUGGAUGAGCCCUGGAGGGCCGGUUUGGUCAGACAGUCCCCCGCAGGCUCAGUCGGGGCUUUGCAGUGUCAUGCCCCGGAGCCCCCGGACCGCGCCGAGCUGGGCGCUGUUGCUGCGGCUGCUGGCGCUGCUGCGGCCACCGGCAAUGGGUGAGGCGUGCAGCUGCGCCCCUGCGCACCCCCAGCAGCACGUCUGCCACUCGGCGCUUGUCAUACGGGCCAAAAUCUCCAGUGAGAAGGUAGUUCCUGCCAGUGCAGACCCUGCUGACACUCAAAAAAUGAUCCGGUAUGAAAUCAAACAGAUAAAGAUGUUUAAAGGGUUUGAGAAAGUCAAGGAUGUUCAGUAUAUCUAUACACCUUUUGAUUCUUCUCUCUGUGGUGUGAAACUAGAAGCUAACAGCCAGAAGCAAUAUCUCUUGACUGGUCAUGUCCUCAAUGAUGGAAAAGUCUUCAUCCAUCUGUGCGACUACAUCGAACCUUGGGAGAACCUGUCCUUUUUGCAGAGAGAAAGUCUGAAUCACCACUACCAUCUGAACUGUGGCUGCCAAAUUACCACCUGCUAUACAGUGCCCUGUACCAUCUCAGCUCCCAACGAGUGCCUCUGGACAGACUGGCUGUUGGAACGGAAGCUCUAUGGGUACCAGGCCCAGCAUUAUGUCUGCAUGAAGCAUGUUGAUGGCACCUGCAGCUGGUACCAGGGCCGCCUGCCCCUCAGGAAGGAGUUUGUUGACAUCAUCCAGCCCUAGUAGGGGCCAGUGAUCAUCAUAUUCCUUCAAGCAUCCUGAAGCCCAAGCCAGUUCUCCCUCCCUAUGGAGCUCUGGCUGUCACCACCUGCCUCAUCACUGCCAGCCAGCCAAUGGAAAGUACCAAGUGGAUGGUAUGGCUAGUGUUAGGAUAGGGAUGGGGCAUGUUACAGCUUGUGCCCAAAUGCCAGCCCAGCACCUGUCAAGGACCAGGGAAAGUAACAUGACGUUGCUAGCCAGCCUUCAGCCCAUCUCCCCUGCCUCCCAAACCCUUUUAGUCUAGCUAAAAUCUGUUACUGAAAGUUUUGAUUUUGGCUUAGUUUGCUUUUUUAAAGCCAGAACUAUUCCCUUUUCUACUCAGGAGAGUGUUUUCUCUCACCUUAACUGAUCUGAUAGGGGAGAAAUGGUGAUUAUUAUACAUAUGAGAUAAUGUUGCCUUCUGAUGUACAAUACCAGAAGGUGGGGUUCACAGAAUCAGAAACAAGCUGAUUUGGAAGAAUGAAAAAGAACAACCCACUGUGGCUGUAUGUCCUCUACUCAUGUCCCAACUCAUCCUAAUCCUCUCAUAUACUUUCAUCUGUUUGGAGAAACACUUGGGGUAAUAUAGAAUCACUCAGUGUGAGACCUGCAAUGGCUAAACCUCCUCCCACAUGCUAUAAUCCCCUCUCUAUCAUUCCUGGCAGAGGAUCUGGCCCAGUUAACAUACCUCUUUGGACAAGAAUAGACUUAGGUAUUGUCUCUCCAGGUUAAUUGUCCUUAAUGCCCUCAACUGAUAUCCAUAAAGUUUAUCCUCUCUUUCUUUCAGAAAGUCCUUCUCUACUGCAUUACUAAUGUCUUUAUUCCUAGUUCAGCAUUUUUUUAAGCCAAAAAAAGCCUUUCUCUUGUAGAGACGAAAUUCCCCUUCAGCUUUUAACCCCUCAGAGAGAUCUUAGGAGGUCCUCUCUUGAGGGCAAAUUUCAGGACAGAGGACAGGAGAGAAAUAACACAAGGACACUUGGGGGAAAAGAUGGUAGAUGGGGAACAUAUUUGCAACUGUUUCAACUGUUCUCAAUGGUCAGCCUUGCUAGACUUUAUGGCAGGAAAAAAGCCAGCUUUGUUCCCUGUCUGCCCUAAAGUUCAGUCCCCUCAUCACUGUGUAUUAGACUUCCUGAGAACUCCAAGCAUGGACCCCUUAGGGUUCCUUAGAUUCUGCAAGGCUUCCUGGCUUGCCCUAAAAGAGAAAGCCCUUAAUGUUCAUCUCAAGGAUUUAUGAAGGAUGAGGGCUUAAAGUUCCAGAGCCUCUCCACGGCAAAGAUGAAGCAGGUAGUUCUUUUCAAGGCCCAAGGUUACUACUCAUCUUUUAUGUGUGGUUUGCUAAUAAGCAGGGCCAUGCCCAAUAUGCCAAAUGAAGGUUCUUGACUCACAGAAAUGGUUCAAAUGGAGAUCCCUUUUAGAGUAGGGAGGGGGAGGGGGAACAAACAUGAUCUAUGUCCCAUAGUACAACACUGGAAUGCUAUGGCAGAAAGUCUCCAUUGGUGGGUUAAGCAGGAUCACUAUGCAGGCCUGGGGCAGAGGAUGUAGGGACAGAAUAAGAAGGAAGUUGAGCUAGAGGUUGUCAUAAAGGAAGAACAUUAGCUAUAGCCUCUGCACCAACCAACCAUGCCAUUUCUCUGCUCCUUCUGACAUCCUAGCAUGGCCUUAGAGAAGGCAUAGUGUUAACCCAUUCUUACUGCAAUCUUGAGGAAGCCAAAGGAAUGGAAGGGGCUGCUGAAUAAUUAUAGGAACAACACCUUACAUCUGAGGAGUGCUUCACACUUUUCCAAAAGGCUGUUACUUAAUCUCACUUACAUUUUAUAAGUACCAUAUUAGAUAUCCUGGUUAGGAAUAAUUAUGCCCAUUUAACUUUCCUAUUGAGAAACUCACACACAGGGAAUCUAACUAGUCUAGUGACAUGUGGCAGGCCAGGGCUAGAACCCAAAACAGUAGGAACUUCUGAUUGUUGAUCCAUAGGUUACUUUCUCAACUUGAUAAAAUGCCCUUGUUUCUGCUCUUCCCUAUAUGGUCUCCAGACUUUGGAGACCAGGGAUUAUCAAUUAAAAUUCACCUGCUCUAGCCGCACAAAUCAGGUCCACAGUUCAAUCCCAACAGUCUCUGGGGUUGAAAUGCUGAGGCCCUCUUUAGGGCCCCAUAAUCACCAUGUGGCUCAGAAUAGAAACGGCAGAGGAACUAAAGUCCCCACUCAAUCACCUACCAUCUCUUUAUGGUUGGGGUAGUAUGUCUGCUCAAUUAGUGGGAACUUUUCUCCUCCCAAUGUCUUGUAGAUGGCCACCAGCUGGGCAAACUGCAAAAGAGAAGCAAACGUUUCAGCUUAUCUCGACACUGCAACAGACAGACAAACAUCAGUCUAUCAAACAAAUAUGUAUUGAGUAUUUGCUCUGUUGGGGACUUAGUACAAAACACCGAGGAUAUAAAAGAGGUGUACAAUUCUUAUUUUUAAAGAACAUAUGCGUUAACUGGGGAAGGGAGAGAGAAUGCACUAACAUUCUUCAGUACUUAUACAAUUUUAAUGAUAUUUCAUUCAUUCCCCAUAUCAAAUUGAUGAACUAGGCAUUUUAUCAUCUUUAUUUUACAUAUGAAGCCCAGAGACAGUAGAAAAGUUGCCUGAAGUCACAGAGCUG